AUGCUCCAAGGAACGGCCAUCGACGGCAACACCAAGCGUCCCCGUCGUCGCCGACCAUGGUGGUUGCUUGUGCUUCGCCACUCCAUCGCCGGCUUCACAUUUUUCCCUGCCGCGACGUCCGCUCGAGGCGGUACAGGUACAGGCACAUGUGUAGCCACCCAAGUCGGCACGGGCGCGCAUGUACAUGUACAAGCUCGACCACGCGGCGCUCCAACCGGCACUCUCCCGGCACCUUACCCGGCACCGUACCCGGCACGCGAGCACGCAAGUACCUCAAAGUACUCUUCAGCCGAGUGCGGUGCGGUGCAGGCGGUCGGGGCACUCGCCGGUACAUGCGUGGUACCCGCCACCGUUGCCGACAAUGCUGUGGGGUCGCGCCGCGCUCCUUCCCUGCUCGUCAGCUCGCCCGUCGGCCUGCAACUUGGCCUCCUUCGGAAGCAGCGACCUAGGUUGCGGCCACGAACGGACCUUCCGAGAUUCGGACCGGGCAGCGACGACAAGACUGCUCCUUCCCUCGACCGUCCCGUCCCCUCGACCCCCCUCAACAAAAAAUCCCCCCCCCCAUCUCUCAACCCCCUCGCCUCUCUCCAACCCUCGCCUCUCUCAACCUCACCUCACGACGGCGGUGCUGACGACCGCUGCCGGCACCGACACGGACGCCGACGCGCACUCGCGAGCCCGCACGGCCGACGACCCACGGACGCGGAAGCGUCGAGGCACGGAAACACGGACGCCGACGGCGACUCGACCGAGCGACGCCCGACGCACGACGAGUCGCACCUCGAUCGAGCGACGCUCUCGCCUCGCCCGCUUCCUGCCCGUCACCCCCCCGACCUCGACGCGGCCGGAUCCCCGUCGAUGAUGCAUCGUCGAUAG